CGCUUCAAGCAUCUCGCGAACAUUUUCAUGCUUGUUAGGCCGGAAGUGCGAGCAGUACGCUGUCAUCUCUCAUAGAGGGAAGCACUGAGGUCAUCCGUCUGAAGGUGUAUUAAGGUGCAGCUGGACGUUACCUGUGGUCGUGUAGGCAGAAGUCAUACAGGAUGUCUGGAGAUUUACCUCUGAAUAUCAAUAUUAAAGAGCCACGAUGGGACCAGAGCACAUUUAUGGGCCGGGCUCAGCAUUUCUUCAUGGUGACAGACCCAAGAAACGUGCUUCUUUCCAGUGAUGUUUUAGAAGAUGCUAGAGUUACUGUGGAGAACUACAGGUUGGGAGUUGUGAGGGCUGGGCUAACAGAGGAUCAACUAUGGAGGGCCAAAUACAUCUACGACUCCGCUUUCCACCCAGAUACGGGGGAGAAAAUGCUGCUAGUUGGACGCAUGUCUGCACAAGUGCCCAUGAACAUGACAAUUACGGGUUGCAUGCUUACUUUUUACAGGACCACCCCAGCAGUUGUGUUUUGGCAGUGGGUUAACCAGUCUUUCAAUGCCGUUGUCAACUACACUAACCGCAGUGGAGACGCACCGCUCACCGUGAAUCAACUUGGAGCAGCUUACGUCGGUGCUACUACAGGAGCUGUAGUAACAGCCCUUGGCCUAAAAUCUAUGACCAAGCACUUGCCAGCCAUUAUCGGCCGUUUUGUUCCAUUCGCUGCAGUGGCAGCAGCAAACUGUAUCAACAUACCCUUCAUGAGACAAAGAGAGCUGAAAUAUGGUAUUCCUGUCACUGAUGCUGAGGGAAAACGCCUCGGAGAAUCAGCUAAAGCUGCCAAGCAAGCCAUCGUACAGGUGGUGGUGUCUCGUAUCGGCAUGGCUAUCCCAGCCAUGGCUAUUCCUCCAGUAAUCAUGAAUGCCUUGGAGAAGAAAGCCUUCAUGAAACGGUUCCCAGUUCUCAACGCCCCAGUACAAGUUGGGCUUGUUGGAUUCUGUCUUGUGUUUGCCACUCCCCUGUGCUGUGCUCUGUUCCCACAGAAGAGUUCUAUGAAGGUGAGCAGUCUGGAGCCUGAGCUGCAAGAGAGGAUACGACAGAGCAAUCCUAACAUCACCACUGUUUAUUUUAACAAGGGUCUGUAGAGCCCUAUAGGUGUCAGCCCAUAUUGAUGUACUCCACUGCUAGGUUAGUGGACACAAUCUGAAGAGUGGAACAUUUAUUUUUGUUUUGCUGUUCUAAAUUAUACAUAUUUUUGAAUUUUACCCAUGUUAUUGUACAAUCCUAAACUGCAUAUCUAUAUAGAAUGAAGGCCAGAAUUUGCUGCUGUGUUUAGUUAUUUUAGUUGAAGAAGCUUGAAUGUUAACCGUUGCAUUGAUGCUUAGGCGCUAUCACAGGUUUUUCACGUAUCAUUUUUCCAGUUAAUAGACUCCUUCGUGCAGUAACUUUGCACUCCGUCCUUUUAUACUCCAUUACUUCUAUUUAGUCUAGCUUGCAUAGUCUGUAUAAGAUCUUUUUCGUGAUCUUUGAGUCCUUCUGAGGUUUCUAAGUUAGAGGCUCACUAACAUGAUGAUGACAGAAUUUAAUUUUGCCAGAAUAAAACUCAUCCACCUUACAUCCUUCAGUGUGUGCCACUUAAGUGCACUUACACUGUAGAUGCAGUCUGCUUGACUUUCAUCGUUAAGACUCAAACUAUUGGGCAACUUUUACUGAUGUACAUUUGUACUUCCUAAAAUCUAUACAGUACUGUACUUGAUCAUGGUUUCUGUCUAACCCUUAUAGGCCUGUGUGUUUUGAAGUUGUUGCAGAUGUUACUGAGAUGUAAAUGAUUUCUGGUCAUGUAGACAUUGUUGUUUGUAAAUCGUUAUUGAAGAAUGGUGUAGUGGUCAGAAUAAUGUUUACUGGUUAGUGUGAUCACUUUGUGAUUGUAUGAAUUAUUUUCAUAUCUAAUCUAAUGGAUCAGAGCAUGUCUGGUUAAAAUAAGAAGCACUAAAAGCUUAAUCAAUAAUAGCAAGCUAUAUGAAUAGAGAGCAUUGCUACUAUGUUUGAUCAUGCAGGACAGGAAACAGAUUUAUUUAUCAUCAGGGAGUCUUUAAUCUGUUACACCUAUAUUGCUUUUGAUGAUGUCAGCCUGCACCAUGUUUUUUUAACGUACUUGGCUCAAUAACAAACGCUAUAUUCUUCUUGUUAACCUGAGCUAAAAUGAUCAAACUUUAUCCUGACAUAUUGUGGUAAUGUUACAGUGAGUAGUUUGUUGUUUGGUUUUGUGAUUUGUAUAUUUGAAUGAUGUUAACAAACCUUUACAGUGUUGCUUUCAUUCUUUUCAUGAGUUGCUAUUCUCCUCAUGUACUCUGGGAGGCACUAGAGAUCUGUUAGUAUUUUGCCAUGAACACUCCAUGUAAGCAAACAUUAUUAGGCCUAACAUCUGUGAGAACAUUGUAUGUUACUUUAGCAUAAGCACACAGAAGAUUUAAACUUGUGCACAUAUUCCCUGUUACACUGAUGAUCUUGUGCAACACAAAUGUUUCUAGAAUUAAUGUAUAGAAAUGUUGACUAUAUUAUGCAAAUAUGACAAUUUGAUUGUGGAUUAUAUGAAACUGUUUUGUCUUUUCUCUGGGUGACCUGUUAAAAUUUAAAUCCCUCGGACCAGUUCAACCACAUGCUGUCAAGUCUCAUUCAUCACUGAAUAACCCACAAUCUAGACUUCACUUGGCCAGGCAUGCACCUCCAACUGUACAGUACAGUUUACUGUUUGGAGCAUCAUAUUAUUACCAGUAUCAAAUCCUCUUGUUUUGUGACGAGUGGUGCUUCAGUUUGAUGUUUUAUGAUUGUGAAUUGCACUAGUCCAGCGAAAGAUCUUUAAGUAGAAAAUCUACACUUGUCAGUAAUGUAUAAAUUUGUAUGCACGACUGUGAUUUUAUGAUCUUCUAUAUCAGGAAUGAUCAAAAAAAUUCGUAUUUGGAUCCAAAUGUAUUUCAAAAUUGAAUUAAAAAUUGUAACACCAAAAGCCCAUUUAAAAAUCAGACCUUACCAAAGAAUAAAGUUCUUUGGUGUUUUAAUGCAAAGUUGCUUGACACUAAUAGCACAUAUUUAUUGAUAGUUGGCCGGUUGCCUAGAAGCAUAGAAAUGCAAAUGCAAUAUAUUUAGAGUGCGGUAACAAAUAUUAUUGUACCAGAAAGACCCACUUUAGCACAAUUGUUUGGUUAUUAUUGGUGCUCACUGCAUGUUUUAGUUUCUCCAGCAUUUUCUAUUACUGUCUUAUAACCUGAUGUGUAUUUGUCUAUAACAAUGUAAUAAAGAAACUAAGAAAUGUC